AUGGUGGCGGACAUGCGGGAGAGGAGAUACGAGGAUGAGGGGAUCGGGAGUAGCUACCUGUUCCGUGUGGACCAUGACACCAUCAUCGAUGCCACGAAAUCCGGUAACCUCGCCCGGUUUAUCAACCACUGCUGCACGCCUAACUGCUACGCCAAAGUCAUCACCCUGGAGGCUCAGAAGAAAAUUGUCAUUUACUCCAAGCAAGCGAUCAGCGUGAACGAGGAGAUCACGUACGACUACAAGUUCCCCAUUGAAGAGAACAAAAUCCCCUGUCUCUGUGGGACUGAAAACUGUCGGGGCACUUUGAACUGAGGGAGCCUGAGACUCGAGAGCCUUGUCCGCACUCCCCCCACCCCCCCCACCCCAAACCCUUCCAGCGUCCGCCAAGGGUCUGUCCUCCCGUUGAAUUUUUGUAUUUAACAUGUUUCUUUUUAUUGAAUUGCACUGAGCGUUCAGCAAUGAAGGACACCAGCCUUAAGGAGGUCCCUCGCCUCCACACUCUCUCUGGGCCUGGGAGUGCCAAGGGCGUUAUCCUGCCAGACUCUGACCCAGCCCCCAGA